GGGGACCGCGCAGAUAUAUAUAUAUAUAUUUUUGUAGUUAACUUUCGGACAGAGUCAGGAAGAGCGAACCGGUUCUGACUUCAUCUGCAAACCUUUUGACAGAAUGGCGUCCAUGUUGAUGAAUUCUCUGAGGAGCCGGCCGGUGAACUCGUCCAGGGCUCUUGGCUUCGCUGCACGGUGUCUCGGCACAUCCGCUCCUCUACAGGCACAAGCUAAAAGUAAGAAGACUCUGGCCAAGCCUGGAGUGAAGAACAUCGUUCUGGUCGAUGGAGUCCGUACACCGUUCCUGCAGUCUGGCACUACAUAUUCUGAUCUGAUGCCCCACGAUCUGGCCAGAGGAGCUUUACAAGGUUUGCUGAACCGAACCGACAUCCCGAAAGACGCGGUGGAUUACAUCGUCUAUGGAACCGUCAUCCAGGAAGUGAAGACCAGCAACGUGGCCCGAGAGGCCGCUCUGGGUGCCGGAUUCUCAGACAAGAUUCCUGCUCACACCGUCACUAUGGCCUGCAUCUCCUCCAACCAAGCCAUGACUACAGCCGUGGGUCUGAUCGCAGCCGGUCAGUGUGACGCCGUGGUGGCCGGUGGAGUGGAGUUCAUGUCUGAUGUCCCGAUCCGUCACAGCCGCAGGAUGAGGAAGACCAUGCUGUCUCUGAACAAGGCUAAGACUCUCGGUGCGCGACUGUCUCUGCUCGGCUCCAUCAGACUCGCUCACCUCGCACCCGAGCUCCCUGCAGUAGCGGAGUUCUCCACGGCGGAGACGAUGGGUCACUCUGCGGAUCGUUUGGCCGCAGCGUUCGCCGUGUCUCGCUUGGAGCAGGACGAGUUUGCGUUGCGGUCUCACGCUCUGGCGAAGAAAGCUCAGGACGAGGGACUGCUCAGUGACAUCAUCAGCUUCAAAGUGCCAGGGAAGGACAUCGUCUCUAAGGACAACGGUAUUCGUCCCAGCAGCAUGGAGCAGAUGGGCAAACUCAAGCCCGCCUUCAUCAAACCACACGGCACCGUCACCGCCGCUAACUCCUCCUUCCUGACUGACGGUGCCUCUGCAGUGCUCAUCAUGUCUGAAGAGAAAGCGCUCGCCAUGGGUUACAAGCCCAAAGCUUAUCUCAGAGACUUCGUGUACGUGUCUCAGGACCCUAAAGACCAGCUCCUGCUCGGCCCGACCUACGCCACGCCGAAGGUCCUGGAGAAGAGCGGCCUGACGCUGGCCGACAUCGACGUGUUCGAGUUCCACGAGGCUUUCGCUGGUCAGAUCAUGGCUAAUAUGAAGGCGAUGGACUCUGAUUGGUUUGCUCAGACCUACAUGGGCAGGAAAACAAAGGUUGGUCGUCCUCCCAUGGAGAAGUUUAACCUGUGGGGCGGCUCGCUCUCCCUCGGACACCCGUUCGGAGCCACCGGCUGUCGCCUGGUUACCACGGUAGCACACCGGCUUAAGAAGGAGGGGGGACAGUACGGCCUGGUGGCAGCGUGCGCUGCAGGGGGACAGGGUCACGCGAUGGUGAUUGAGGCGUAUCCACAGUAGAGCUUUACAAGUGGGCUGCCCCCCAUACACACACACACACACACACACACACACACACACACACACACACACACACACGUACGUACAGAA